UGCUUUAAUUCUCUAAAUUAAGGCAUGUCCGCUCUCGCGUGGAUUCGCCUUGAUCUUUUCUCUACCAACUUGUUCAACGCCGAUAGGAUCUGUAAUCAAAAUCGAACCUUGCUUCCUCUCGCCUUCGCUCGCGAGCUCCAUUUCGCCAUCGCAAAACAAGAUCUCCAUAAUGCUGCCUACCGUCGUCAGUUCCAUUCUCGCGCAUUCGAUCUAACUAUGGAUCGGACGGGGUUCGCCGAGAGGGGAGAGGAGGUUGAGGACGAGAUCGCCAUCUCUCCCAUCGCUCACAGCGUCGCUCCCGACUUGGUGGAUGAAAUAGUGUACGACGCUCUUGUUUGGAGCUCGCUCCAUGGGCUUGUCGUCGGGGAUAGACGCGUCGAGGGAUCAGGAAUCGUCCCCGGUGUUGGUCUAGUUCAUGCUCCCUUUUCUUUAUUGCCUAUGCCAUUUCCAAAAAGGUAUUGGAGGCAAGCAUCUGAGUUAGCUCCUAUCUUCAAUGAGCUUGUGGACCGAGUGAGCUUGGAUGGAAAGUUCUUGCAGGAUGCUUUAUCCAGAACGAAGCAAGCAGACGCAUUUACAAGUAGACUACUUGAUAUUCACUCAGAGAUGCUGGAAAUAAACAAAACAGAAGAUAUUCGAUUGGGUUUGCACCGAUCAGAUUAUAUGGUUGAUGGUGAAACUAAUUUGCUUUUACAAAUUGAAUUCAACACCAUUUCAUCUUCCUUUGCCGGCCUUAGUUGCCUUGUCAGUGAGCUUCACAGAAACUUGCUUAACCACUAUGGAAAGAACCUUGGAUUGGAUCCAAGAAAGGUUCCUGGAAACACGGCUGUGAGUAGAUUCGCCGAGGCAAUAGCCAAAGCAUGGAAUGAAUACAAUAAUACCAGUGCUGUUGUUACGAUUGUUGUCCAAGGUGAAGAGCGCAAUAUGUAUGAUCAACACUGUCUAACCGCUCUUUUGAAGGAGAUACAUGGCAUUGCAACUAUCCGCAAAACCUUAUCUGAAAUAGCUGCGAACGGGGAGGUUCUAUCUGAUGGGACACUUAUCAUAGAUGGAAAACCAGUUGCUGUUGUUUAUUUCAGAGCGGGUUAUACUCCAAAUGAUUAUCCUUCAGAAGCAGAAUGGGGAGCAAGGCUUUUGAUCGAAAAGUCAUCUGCUAUCAAGUGCCCAUCAAUCUCUUAUCAUUUAGUUGGAACUAAGAAGAUCCAGCAAGAAUUGGCAAAACCAAAUGUCCUGGAAAGGUUCCUCGAUAACAGUGAAGAUAUUGCAAAACUACGGAAAUGCUUUGCAGGUUUGUGGAGUUUGUACGAUGCAGAUGCUGUGAAGUCUGCUAUCGAGAAACCUGAUUUGUUUGUUCUAAAACCCCAACGAGAAGGAGGCGGGAAUAACAUUUAUGGCGACGAUCUAAGGAAAGCAUUGAUCGAACUGCAGCAGAAAGGCACCGAAGAACUUGCCGCAUACAUUUUGAUGCAGAGGAUCUUUCCGACGGCUUCUCCUGCUUUUCUGGUUAGGGAAGGUGUUUGGUUUCGGGAAAAUGCAAUCUCAGAACUCGGAACAUACGGCGCCUAUCUAAGGAGCAAAGAUAAAGUGAUCAUAAAUGAUCAAUGUGGCUAUCUCAUGCGGACAAAAGUUUCAUCAUCCAACGAAGGUGGAGUUGCUGCUGGAUAUGCUGUCUUGGAUAGUAUUUAUCUGACAUGACAAUGUAUGGUAAUCAAGGUGAUUAGAGAAAGAAAUUGUUAUAUUUUAUCUGACAUAACAAUGUAUGAUAAUUAAGUACGUGCAUUUGAUCUUGAUUGAAUAAUCUUUCUGAAAA